AGCUGUUAUAACAGAGAGACCGAUCUCGAUAUCCUCAGGUCGCCCAGAUCUUGCUUUCGAUCUGUGAUAAUGCUUUUGGCCGUGUCACGUCCCAAAACAUACACUGCUACGCCAGCCUCACCACCUCGACACCGCCACCAUGUCUCCUGCAGGCUCGAGGAAGAAGAAGAAGAGCCAAAGAUCCAGUAGAUCGUCCCACUCAACCUUUCACCAGACAGACAACGCCGAUACGCCAACCGAAGAUCAGCCCGCCGAUGGAAGCGGCAGUGUCGCCGCAGCAGAACCACAUCCACCCAUAGAUACCAGCCACCACGGUGGCAACACAAGUCACAACACGGGCGGGCAGCCUGGCGGCCUGGGCGUGGUUACGGAUUUUAGCCGAGCGUGCGGCGACGCCGGGUGCCUCGCCGAUAGCGUGGCGGCACUAAGAGCCCGUGGGGAGCCCUCCGGCGGUUCGGCCGCCGCCGUCGCCCCCGGUGGCGUGGGCGACGUCCAGCUCGUAGAGGAACACCCAGUAGUUCUCCUGCGUGUGGCUCGGUACCAUGCCGUCGAGGAUUCUCUCCCCCAGCAGGGAGACGCGAACGUCGGCCAGGCCGCCCAGGAAGGCGCGCCACGGGCCCGACGAGAGCACCUGCCGGCCGCCGUCGUCGAGCAGAGGCGGGAAGUUUUCGACGGCCAGGCUCUCGAGCGGGGCCGCGGCAAGCGCCCCGAGGACGGCGGCGGCGCGGGCGCUGUUCCGGCGGCCCAAGCCACCGUCAGCGGCCUCCUCGGGGAACGCCAUGUCAAAGUAGACGCCCUCGUGCGCGCCAAAGAGGGACGGCAGGCGGACGACGAUGCGGCGCAGCUGGGGCAGCAGGUCCCCGCGUCCUCGGCCCCGGCCCCGGCGGCCCCCUUGGCGUGGUCGUCCGUGCAGGAGUUGCGGUCGGCGUGGGCGCAGGUCGGGGGCGGCACGGCUACGACCAGCUCCCUUGUGUGGCGGCCGUGCCUCUGCGCGAUCAGCAGCGCCGAGCGCGCGGUGGCGGGGACGGAGAAGGUGACGGACUCGAAGAGGUAGGGCUCCGCGCAGGCUCAGAGGCGCCUGCAGGUGCGCGCCAGGACGCUGCCCAGCAGCUUCGCCGGCAGGUCUGCAAGGGAGGAGGGCAUUUGGAGGCCGUGUUUUCUUGCGAGCCAAGCUUGGGUGUUGCUGGUUUGCUGACAGGGAAAAAAAGGAAAAAGGGGGGGG